AUGGAUACCAGCGACUACACCUUGGACACUUACCCGGCCAGCUUGUCUAGGAUUGGGUUCCUACCAAACCUGGGCGGCAACGCCUUCAUGGUGGCCUGGUUCGGAACCAUCCUGAUAGCACAGAUAGCCCUUGUGAUCCGGUAUAAGACCUGGAGCUACCUGUUUGGCCAGGCGUGCGGACUGGCGCUCGAGGUGGUUGGCUAUGUCGAGCGUAUCAGGCUCCGCGAUGACCCGUUCAACAACCAGACAUUCAUCGUAUACAUCGUGACCAUAACCAUCGCCCCGGCCUUCCUCUGCUACACCAUCUACCUCUGCUUCGGACGCAUCGUACUCAUUUACGGCCCCCACGUGUCGCUCAUGCCCCAUCGAGCCUACACCAUCAUCUUUGUCACGCUUGACAUCAUCUGUCUUAUUCUUCAGGCUGGCGGUGCGGCAUGGACCCAGGCCGAUGGAAUCAAUCCCCAGGAUCUCGACCGAGCGCUUGACUUGCUACGGGCCGGUCUGGGACUGCAGUGUGCCAGCCUGGGUCUUUUCGUCCUGCUCUCGCUGGAUAUGGGAAUCCGGGUGCUACGGAACCGGAGCACAUGGACCACGCGGUAUGCUCAUGUCCGUCAGCAUAGAGCAUUUGCUUACUUCCUCGUGGGAUCCUUCGCCGCCGCCCUACUGAUCCUUGCCCGCUCUGCCUUCCGCGUCGAGGAGCUGCGCAACGGCUUCAACGCUGUGGGAGACAACGCCGAGACGCUCUUCAUGGUGUUUGAGGGCGCCAUGAUCGGCCUGGCUGUGCUGCUGCAGACCGUCUUCCACCCAGGCUACAUUCUCGAUGGCGAGUGGCGCGCCACCAGCUUCUUCACCAGGCAGCCUGGCGCCCAGCAUAGCCAGAGACGAGCGGCCGAGAGAGAGUCUGGCUCUACUUUGCAGACUGAACAGAAAAGUGGAUAG